AGGCAGAAUUGAUUCCCAAUUACUUAAAGGGUGUAGAUGAUGGCGUAGGAGAAGAAGACCUCGGUAACAUCAAAUGGAAGGUGGAAUCGAUGUCUCCAGACCUUAAGGGUGUAGAUCAUGGCGUAAAAGACGACCUUGGUAACAUUAAAUGGAAGGCGGAAUCGAUUCUUCCAAAAUUUAAGGGUGGAGAUGAUAGUGUAGGAGAAGAAGACCUCAGUAACAUCAGUUGGAAAGCAGAAUCCAUUCCACCAGACUUAAAAGGUGUAGGUCAUAGCAUAAGAGAAGAUCUUGGUAGCAUUGGAUGGAAGGCAGACUCGAUUCCCCAAGCCAAAACCCAAGGCAUGGAUCCCCCACCCCAGUUCCAUCUCCACAAUGGGAAAGAGUCUCCCAGUAUCCCAGUACCUCAUGCCAAGCCACAACUGGAAGCAACUCAAGGACUUGAGUCCUUUGAGGAUGCAGAACCUUUGGCAGACUCUUGUAAGGACGAGAACAGACCAGUUGCUCAGUUGCCAGACUGGAUGGCCCCCGGUGAGCAAGUUUGGGUGGGCAAACGGAGUGGGACUGUGCAUUACGUUGGAGGGGUAGAGUUUGCCAAAGGCAUCUGGGUUGGCGUAGAGUUGGACCUUGCUGUAGGCAAGCACAACGGUACGGUCCAAGGAAGGGUGUAUUUCCGAUGUGCCACAGGUCAUGGCGUCUUCGUGAAGCCAUCAUGUUUGACUCGAGGGCCUCCGUCCAUAGACACUGAACCUCAACCUGUAGGAGCAGGACAGUGACCCAAUAGUUGGUAGAUGAUCUCUUCGACACCAGCACCAGCCACCGCCUGGACAAAACAAGUGCUAACGGAAUCCAUCCUUCUGAUUCAUUAGAGAUUUGUUGGUUCCCCUGAUUCCAUGGCAAUAACACCUACCUGUGUGUCUUGUUGAAAUUAUAGGCCUAUUUCAGUAUCAUCUUUGAAUGUCGAGAGUUGCACAGUUGCACAAACUUGUUUUAUAUAUCAUGUACAGCUGUAAUACUAACAUCCUUCUUGGUUACUUGGUUACCACUCCUUAUAUGACUAAAUGUAUUAAUCGAACAUUGUCUAACACUACUUUGAGUGAGUUUGAGAUUUGGAUGCAUGUUCUAGAUAAGAAUGUACUACUGUUUAUGACUUUUUUGUUUGCGUGAUUAUAUCAGGUAUUACCAAAGACAUUGCCUUUCAAAUCUGCUGUGCAAACUUCUUACGUAGAUUACUUUGGCAUUG